GACCUCCCGGUUCGCAGGACGAGCUCAACCACUGAGCCAUGCCGCUGGGCUCCUUCUAUUUCCUUUUCUCCCCCUGCUACUGUCUUCCUAGAACUGUGGCUCUCUGCCUCUCUUCACAGUUUUGUCUCCUCCGGUAUCUGCGUAUCUGUUUUAUAACUCUGCCUCUCCGGUCCUUUCAUCUCUGUCUCUCCCAGCACUGCUAUGCCUGACUUUCCUGUUCACCCUUGUCUCUUCAAUUACCUGCUGCCCUGUGACAGUGAUGAGAUGUGGGAUCUGCCGUGAUAAGAGCUUCCUGGAAGAUGGGGCCUAAACUACGAUGAGAAGGAUGAGAAGUUGCCUUUAGGAAAUGCUAUGACCCCAUUCCCGAGACAGAAUGCUAAGUGUGUGCAUGUGACUGUGGGAGGAAGAGUAAGAUGUGUGUAUCUGUGUGAGGGUGUGGGUUUGUGUAAAUGCAAGUGUCUGAGUCUGAGUGAGGAUAUCUGAGUACAUUGGUGUGACUGUGAGUGGCCGUAUCUGAGAGUGUGUGUCUGAGGGUAAGCGUGGGUCUUGUGUAUCUGGCACCAAGGGACCAAAGGCAUUUCCUGGUGCUGGGGCCCAAAGAGUGGAGGGGGAGAUGAGCAGCAGCUGUUCAGGACUGAGCAGGGUCUUGGUGGCUGUGGCUGCAGCCCUAGUGUCCGCCUCCUCCUCCUGUCCCCAGGCCUGGGGCCCCCCAGGGGUCCAGUAUGGACAGCCUGGAAGGUCCCUGACGCUGUGUUGCCCUGGAGUGACUGCUGGGACCCCCGUGUCCUGGUUUCGGGACGGGGAGACAAGGCUGCUCCAGGGACCUGACUCUGGGCUGGGGCAUGAGCUGGUCCUAGCCCGGGCAGACAGCACUGACGAAGGGACCUACAUCUGCCGGACCCUGGAUGGUGCACUUGGGGGCACAGUGACCCUGCAGCUGGGCUACCCCCCAGCUCGGCCUGUUGUCUCCUGCCGAGCAGCUGACUAUGAGAACUUCUCCUGCGCUUGGAGUCCCAGCCAGGUCAGCGGUUUACCCACCCGCUACCUUACUUCCUACAGGAAGAAGACAGUGCCAGGAGCUGAUGGCCAGAGGACAAGUCCAUCUACAGGGCCCUGGCCGUGCCCACAGGACCCCCCAGGGGCUGCCCGCUGUGUGGUCCAUGGGGCAGAGUUCUGGAGCCAGUACCGAAUCAAUGUGACUGAGGUGAACCCCCUGGGAGCCAGCACACGCCUGCUGGAUGUGAGCUUGCAGAGCAUCUUGCGUCCUGACCCACCCCAGGGGCUGCGGGUAGAGUCAGUACCUGGUUACCCCCGCCGCCUGCGUGCCAGCUGGACAUACCCUGCCUCCUGGCCCCGCCAGCCCCACUUCCUGCUCAAGUUCCGGCUGCAGUACCGUCCAGUGCAGCAUCCCACCUGGUCCAUGGUGGAGCCAGCUGGAUUGGAGGAGGUGAUCACAGAUGCUGUGGCUGGGCUGCCCCAUGCUGUCCGGGUCAGUGCCCGGGACUUUCUGGAUGCUGGCACCUGGAGCGCCUGGAGCCCUGAGGCCUGGGGGACUCCGAGCACUGGGCCCCUACCUAAGGAGAUACCAGCUGGGGGUCAGCCAUACAUGCAGCUGGAGAAGGAGCCUCAAGCAGACAGCCCUGCUCCCCCAAGGCCCUCCCUCCUGCCAGACCUACAGCCACUUGUCCACAGGGACCCUCUGGAGCAGGUAGCUGUCCUAGCAUCUUUGGGAAUCUUCUCUUUCCUGGGACUGGCAGCUGGGGCCCUGGCACUGGGGCUCUGGCUGAGGCUGAGACCAGAUGGGAAAGAUGGACCCCAGAAGCCUGGUUUCUUGGGCCCGAUGAUUCCAGUGGACAAGCUUCCAGGAGCCCCAAACCUAUAGAGAACCCAGGAAGACUUCAGCUAAUUCCACCUAUAACUCUGUCUUGCUGGUUUGGAUGGAUGGACAGAUAGAACCCAGGCAGGACAGUGGAUCCUCAUGAGGGGAGGUGUCUCAGCUGAAGUUUUGUUUGGAGCUCAUUUCUAUGAGACUAUCUGUUCCAACUUGCCAGAUGAAAGGUACCUGGACCUCUGAUGUUAUCCCAGAGCUAGAGGCUCACCAGUGGAAUGUUUAUAGAUGUGUAUAUCUGUGUCCAUGUAUGCCCAUGUGUAUGUGAGGCAGGGAACAUGUGUUCUCUGCAUGUAUGUAUGUAUGUACAUAUCUGGGGAGUGUGUGUGGGUCCUUGCUGUUUGCCUUGCCCCUGGUGGGGGUUGUGAAGGUGUGAAUAAAGAGAAUGAGGAGGUUCUUUAUUUA